AUGGCAGAUGUGAAAGAUUUCGUUAGUCGUUUGGAUGAUGAUCCAACGGAAGAUUCGGAAGAUUUCGUUAGCAUGGAAGAUGAUCUCACAGGUAGCUAUCAUUCGGAGGAUAGCUUGUUUGAGGCGGAACUAGAAGAACUAGACCAUCAAGUUUAUAAAGAGUCGUUAGAACAAGAAGAAACUGAAAGUCAUAUGAAAAAGAUCGUUGUUUUAGAUGGUGCAGAAGUGUGUUCGGUUUGCCUUCAAGAUAUCGAUGUUGGCGAUGAGGAUACUAAAAUUUUGAGCUGUAAUUCACAUAUUUUCCACAAUAAGUGCAUGGUGGAAUGGUCGAGGAAAAACCCUAAUUGUCCUCUUUGUAGACAUGAUAUGCGAAAAGAGCGAGACCGGAAGCUCAAACGGAAGAGAUUACCCUAUGACGAUGAUGAAGAACUUACACGCCUGAAGCUAUAA